GCAUCACCUUAUUUCUUAACAUUAACAGGCGUAAAACUUGCAAAGAAGACCGUUGAAACGGAAGGAGCAAGUCACAAACUCAAAACUCCAUUGUGUAUUUGUGUGCUAAAAAGUAAAUAUAUAUUUCGUGGCAUCGAGGUUUCAUAGUUUCUGCUGGAGGUUGUCUACAAGGCGGCGAACAUUUGUGCAACUCUUGUUGCUUUCUUGGUGUAAAAGAAUUGAGUAAUUGGUGGUGCUGUAGCAUUUUCUGUUGAUUUCAACUCUACCUUCUUAAUUUCUGCCAUGAAUGAUUCUAAGUUGUCAAAACUCUCGAUUCCGCAAGAUAUCCUGCAGUCUUUGUUCCUUGCUUCAAAUUCAUCUACUUUAGAAAUAGCCUUGGAACGGCUCAUACAAGUUGCUAGAGAAACUAAUGGUCGCACACAACUUGCUGCCAAAAACAUCCUGACUAUAGUACUACAGCUCUGCCAAUGCGUUUCUGACCCUUCUUGUCGCCAAAUUCGUUUAUUGUCUCUAAAGCUCCUAAGAAACUUAUGCGCGGGAGAAAUAAUUAACCAGAACUCAUUUAUCGAACAAAAAGGUGUUGGAAUUGUAAGUUCUGUUAUAAUUUCUGCGAAUAGAUGUUCUUCAGAUCUUGAAAUGGUAAGAAUAGGAUUGCAGAUUCUUGGAAAUGUCUCAUUGGCUGGUAAAGAUCACCAGCAGGCUGUAUGGCAUGACAUCUUUACACCUGACAUCGUUGAGAUCGCACAAAUCCGAAACAGGGGGACAUGUGAUCCUUUGUGUAUGAUUUUCUAUACAUGCCUCGAAGGCAAUUCUGGAUAUGUUUCUGAUAUCUGUUCAGAUAAAGGGUUGCCUGUGCUUGUUGAGAUUAUUCGGACUGCAUCAGCAGUUGGCUCCGGAGAAGAUUGGUUUGAGUUGCUUCUUUCAAAAAUCUGCCUUGAAGAAUCUUACUUAUCACCGUUAUUCUCCAAAUUAUCUUUGUGUGAUGAUACUAAGUUGAAGUCUGAUGUUUUUGAACCUGAGCAAGCAUUUCUGUUGAGUAGCCUAUCAAAAAUCUUGAAUGAGCAAAUCAGUGAUAUCAGCAUAUUUGAUGAGUUUGCUUUAUCUGUUCUUGGAAUAUUUAGAAAAGCUGCCGGAGUUGUUCGGUUCACAUCAAGGGGAAACUCAGGUCUUCCAACUGGAUUUCCCAAUAUUGAUGUUCUUGGUUACUCUCUGACGAUAUUGAGAGAUAUCUGCGCCUGUGAUCCUAAUAAGGCUAAAUCUAUUGAUGUUGUUGAGUCUCUGCUAUCUACUGGAUUUCUAGAACUACUUCUUGAUCUGCUCUGUGAUCUUGAGCCUCCGGCAAUAAUUAGGAAAGCUGCUAGACAAGGUACGAUUAAUGAAGGGAUAUCUUCAGACUCGGGCAAGUGUUGCCCUUAUAAAGGUUUCCGUAGAGACAUUGUUGCAGUUGUUGGCAACUGUGCAUAUCGCAGGAAGCCCGUACAGGAUUGGAUUAGAGAGAAUAACAAGCUUCUAGUAUUGUUGCAACAGUGUGUCACCGACGAUGAUAAUCCAUUCCUGAGGGAGUGGGGAAUUUGGUCAAUGCGGAACUUACUGGAAGGGAAUGAAGAAAAUCAAAGGAAAGUAAGUGAAUUGGAGGUUCAAGGAUCUGUGGAUAUGCCUGAACUUGCUGGUCUUGGCCUCAGAGUUGAGGUCGAUCCAAAAACUCACUGUGCGAAGCUUGUUAAUGUCUCUUGAAUAUUGACUGCUUUGGGAAAACAAAUUUUCAUCCAUGAAAUUGACAGAUAUUUUUGCAGGGUUUGGUGCGAUUUUUUUAACGGAACUGAUGGAGUUGCUCAGCGCUCACCCCUCGAUUGAUUGUAAAUGCAUGUAGUAGUCAGGACGAAGUUGUGUCUUACAAUUAGUAUCUUCCAUUCAUGAUUCAACUGUAGAGGGCGUUUGGAAACGUGCAUUUCAUUCAAAUGAUGGAUUUCAUGAUGAUGACUGAAGACUGGGUUUGAAUUGUCAUUUCAAAUUCUUAGAUUUAUACUAAUAUUUGAAUGUCAUGGAUUUUAAAUGAAAUCCAAAUCCAUAUUCCCAAACAAGUUAUUUGUUCAAAUUCAAAAACAAAUGAAUCCCGGUUCUCAACGGGUCAUUAGUGAUUUUGCUAUAGAUUUUGCAUAGAAACUUCAAUGCCUAGAUAUGUUCAUGUGCUGGUCAAAUUUUGGCAAUGAAAUGGAGGGACACACAAAGCUGAAAGCAGCAGUUCUAAGGCUUUUGAUUUAUGAGAUGCUUCACUAGCAUAAGCCAAGAAAAAUAUGGUGGACAGACAACUCUUGAAAUACUUCAUAGAAUCAUAGGAACUAUAUGUGGUUUCUUAUUGAACGUGUUUGUUGGAUGAAAUCAUUCUUAAAUUUAUGCUUUGUUGUGAAA